AUGUUUCAUGUUACUUUACAGGUGUUACUGUGUUUGCCUGCACCACUGCUGCUAGUUGUGAAAAAGGAUCUUGAAUCUGUUAUACAGCGUCUGCUGUCUGACGGAGCUAGCACAAGACAACUUGUGCAGUUGUCAUCAUUAAUGGAGCAGCCCCUGACAUCUACUAUUCUUGGUAGUAAUGUUCCUGCACUUUGUGACUUUCUGAAGCAUAAGAUCGAUACAUUGCUUUCUGUUCCCUUUGAUGAAAUCACACCAGAAGUUUCAACCAACUUAACUAUUAUUGUUAAGAUCUGUCUUCAGCUAUUCCAACGGUUUGGUGCUGCAGUCAAAGAUACUAUUUGGACGAAAACUUUAUCAUCAACCAGCAAGAUAAACAAAAGCAGUUUGAAGACCAUUGUAUGGAUGUUGCUGGUUAUUUUAUCUGAAAGUUGUUUUGGCUUGGAUAUGCAACUUCUAGCAGGUACAGCUGUAUCGAUGUUAUUAAACACAGCACCAAGCCCCGCCAUGUCGGUAAGAACAUUCUGGAAUAUACAUGGAGCUCUUACACAAGGAAAUGGUUGGAAGAUGUCUUUUGGUCAUUUAAAUCUAGAUUACCAAUCAACAGCAACAGAAGAUUCAGUUCAGAAUUUGUUUGGGAGACUUGCUUUUGUUAGAGGACAAGUUGUGUGUGGCUCGGAAGCCAUUUUACUUUAUCAGGAAAAUAUUGGAUCAAGGGGAGACAAUUUCAUUCCAACAAAGGAAAAUGACUCUCUUCUUUUUCAUUUGUUUUUAAUAGUAUGCAAAUUUUGUGAUGGUCCUCUUGACAUUCACUAUCAGGCUUUCCAGCUGCUUUGUGAUUGGUUCAAAUCACUUUUGAGAACAGUAUCAAAUUCUAAGCUGCAUCCAUGCUCUAAAUAUGUAAUGAAUAAAGAUUCGGCUAUUUUAAACAAGACGCUGAAAAUAGUUUGGCUAAACCUGGACAACCCUGUGGAUGGCGUAACUCACUAUACCUGUGAGACAUUUUCUCACCUUUUGAAGAUCUGGAAUCUUCAAGUAAAGUCGGGAAUCUGUGACAAUGCAGAAUUUGCAGGAACCCUGUUGACAAGGUUGUUAGAUAUUCCUUGGUACGUCCGAGGCAAAUAUAAACUGUUGUGUGUUCUUCUGCGGUAUGAAGACUCUGAAAAAAUUUUGAUAUCUCACCCACAAAUAAAGGAACACCUUCUUUUGUGUAUGGGAUCAACCUCAUUAGCUCCAGUGGCUUCAGACAUUUACAAGACCUUUUUGAAUCAACUCAGAAAUUCUGAUGAAGAAGAAAAGCUGAUGCUAAAAUGGAAAAGUCUGUGGAUGGACACAGUUCUCGUGGGUUUACUUAGUGAGAACAUUGUUCUGAGCAGAAAGAUCAGUGAGUACUGGGUAACGUGCACUGUGAGACUUCUCCCUGGGUGUGGUGAGUUGAUGACGGAGGAGCUACAUUCCGUGUUCACAUCGUCCAGCUGUCUGUGUAGAAAGACUCGGAGUCUCCUGGCCUGGACGGUCGUCACAAGGAUUAUCAGAUCCAUCCAGUCAGUCAGCUUUCUCAGCUUGAAUAUAUCAAUGUUGAGAGCAGCCAUUUACUCUGAAAAUGAGGUGGUUAUGGCAGAAGCUAUUGGUGUAUUGUGUGCAACUGUAAAAACAUCAGAAAGUGUGAGUGAGACAGAAGCUGACUUGUUGAGGAAUGCUCUGCGUCACUGUCUGAAGGUUGACUCUGCGCCAUUUCGCCAACAGCUUGCCACUAACGUACGACUGUUGAUCACUCGCAUUAGAGAGAGCUGUGUUGCAAACCUGAAAAAGAAAGUAAUGGAGGAUCGUGUUGACUUGUCACUGGAUUUAGUGCAGUGGUUACAUAAUUUGUUGAUUGAGAACACAGUACCAGGUGUCAACUAUCAGAGACGCAAGGCUUGUCUAGAUCUGCUACUAGUUAUCUAUGAGUCACUCAUCUACUGUCCAACUGAUAGGAGAAAAAAGGGUCAUCUUGAUGAAUCUGUUCACGUACUAACUGAAUAUGCACAGACUAAAGAAUUAUGGAACUUCUUUUCAACUUGCAAUAUGUGUUAUUUGCUGUACUGUGUUCUAGAUGGAGCAAAUGAGGUUCAGGAGCUUGCUACACACAUUCUAAUGAAGUACUAUUUCUGGCCUAUUAAAGCUGAUUUUCCAUUGGCUAUCACUUCAGAAGACACAUUAGCCAAUCAUCUGCUGACGAAGGCGUUCACAUUGUGCAACAGUCCAAGACCUCAUGAAAGUCAGAGUGGAGCACUUAUCUGUGAAUUGUUGAUUGUUAAGUAUGCAAAUCGACAAGGAACCGUCUUCACUAGGUGUGAUGAUAAAGAAAAUCAUUUGUCAUUUACACAAGGAAAUAAAGACACAAAACAUGCAUCAGUAAAAUUCAUCAAGCUUUUGUCCCAGGAAAUCAGUGAGCAUUUGAAGAGAGCCAGAGGUGAUCCAAACCUUGCAGCAAAGCAGUACCCCAUUCAUGGUUUGAUGCAGGCUGUUACCAUGUGUCUAAAAGAAGCUAGUACUGUAAUUUCAAGACAACAUCCAAACUGGAAAGAGAUGAUAAAUGAAAUUCUGUCCACUAAUAUGCAGAUUAUUGACAUGAUGCUGUCAGUACUAACUGGUGGCAUGAAGUCAGGUGAGCUGUGUCCUUCAUUUGCGGAGAUAGGAACUGCACUAGAGAUCCUGUCCAGUGAAGAUCAUGAAGAAUCUCCGGCACUGUCACCCGAAUUUCAGUUUCUACUCUCCUGGUGCUGGGUCAAUCUCAAGACCAGCUGCACCUGUCUUGGUGAGAUUGUUUCCCAGGCUGUGACUGAUAAACAGACUGAGUCAGUGUUGGAUGUUGAUGACAUUGAAGCAGUUGGGCAGGCGUUUGUCAGAGUUCUCAUCCACUGUAGACAUAGGGGUGCUAUAGAAGGUUGCAGAAACGGAUUAUUUAAAUAUUGCACAACUCUUUUAUCAGCAACAGACAAGCGCCUAUCCAUAAUACCAGCUUCCCUGUUAGCAGAGGUUUUAACCAGCUUGGAAAGCAACAUGAUGUCAAGUUCUGUGACACGGAGGUCUGCCGGUCUUCCCAUCAUCGUCCAGAUCGUCACACUAGCUGAAAAACAUGUGCACCAGCAAAAGUUGUUGCACCAUGCAAUCACCAGCCUGUUGAAGGUGGCGUCCAUGCCUCUCCCUACACACGCAGACCAAACACAAGAUGUGUCCCAGGUCCACGCACUCAACAUCCUAAAGGUUCUCUUCGGAGAUGCCGGUCUGGUGGCCAGACUCAUGUCCUACAUCAGUAGGACUAUCAUUCUCAUCAUUGAAGGGUUUGAGUCGCCUUCAUGGGCUGUCAGGAAUGCUACAACACAGUUAUUUAGUACCAUGGUGAACAGAAUGUUUGGGCAGAAGAGCAAGAGUGAAUACAACCAAAACAUGAUUACACUGAAAGAGUUUGAUUCCUACUAUCCAGAGUUGCCUCCCUUUAUUCUGCAUAAGUUGGAUGAAGCUCUCUGUGAUAUAAACUCCAUUGAAAAACUUCAUCCAUCAUUAUUUCCUAUUCUAACACUGCUUGCAAACAUGGGACCAGCGGAUUUGAAACAGAAUUCAUCAAGAUUUGAAAGUGAGUUGAGAAAGGGGAUGUUGACUGCUAUACAGAGUCCUGUCUACACACUGAGGGAACUCUCAGCCAAAGCUUACUGUGCUCUGGUGCCCAAUGACUCGGUCCUGGACACCAUGAAGAACCUUGUCCUGACAAUUCCACUGUGUUGGCAGGAAGUGACCAGCCAUAAUCAUCUUCACGGUGUCCUCCUGUGUCUGGAGAAACUCGCGAAAAGUCGGACAUUCUCGGAAGAUGACACAGAGCAUUUCAUGGCCGUCGUGUUACAGCGACGUUGGAUUAUGGAAUGUCCGUUGAAUCUGCUGGUGUCAGCCAAAUACACACAAGUCUUACGAGUGUUGUUGCUUUCACUGAAUGACCAUCUGUCUGAAGAGUUGUUUGCAGAUCUCUCUAGUCUUAUUAACAGUUGUAAUCUUUGUCUAGAAGAUUUCACUCAAAAGAUAGGUCAAGAUGCAUUUAUUGAAGAACUGGUGCAGAUGACUUUUGUUAUGAUGUCGACAAAUCUUCAUGACUUGAGUGUGUGUUCAGAGAAAUAUCUUACAUCCAGCCCAGAGAUUAAGAUGGUCUGUCUGAACUGUUUAUUGAAGUUGUCUAACAUAAACCAACGUCUCUUUGAUUCCUUGAGUCAGGCUUUACAGGAUGUCAUAUGGUCGGUAGUAUCAGAAGAGAGUGCAACACCUCUAGUGCUGACAUCACUGAGUGUGAUCACCGAGUUUGGCCUGAGGAACCCAGCGGAAUCGAACUGUCCUCUCACACACACUGAAUUCACUCGUCUGGAGCAGGCAUUCAGUAACAAAGCCAGCAUCAGGGCAGCUCUGCUUCCAGCAAAAGCAAUCUGGAUGAGGAAGAUUGUGGCAUGUACAGACACCUAUCAGAGUGAUCCAUUACGAAUAGCCAUGAGUGAUUGGUGUUUGAAGAUCAUGGAGGCAGCUAGGUCACAUCAGAAUGAAAACUUCCGUCUGGCGUCUGCUCAGGGACUAGUGAUCUGUGGAAAUAAUCUUCUACAGUUUAUUCAGACAUUACCACGUUCACAGAUGGCAUCGUCAGCUGUCUGUCUCAUUGAUUCCACUGUUACUUUGUUAGAAGAUGUGGAUUCAUCCAUUAGGAAAAUGGCUGCCAGAUUUGUCAGCAAGUUGCAGUGGCCUGGUCGUACUAUACAGUUUGAUGAUCUGAACUGCUCUGUAUGUUUUGAGGUUAUCUUUGAAUAUGCUGCUGACAACUUCUGGUGGUCUGGGGACUUUGUGAAGUAUUUGUUGGACAAGAUAUACAACAAUGGUGACCUGUCUAGUAGUUUAAAAGAGGUUUUACUCUCCAGCUUUGAACGCUUAUUUAAACAAGAAGACAGCAGUUUCUAUGCCGAGACUUUAAUAAGGAACAAGGAAAUACAUAAGACAUUGAAGAGAAUGUUGAAGAUUGCUGAAACACAUGAUCACUUGGAUCCACUGUUUCAUGCCACACAGUGUACUGAUGACCUGCUUCAAGAAAUUACGGUUUGUAUCGCCAUCAUUGAAGAUGAUACAAAAGCUAAUCCUGUGAUAAACGUGACUGGUGAGCCAGCUGUAGUGGGAGCUCUUUCAGGAGCUCUGUUGAAAGCCGAUGUCCUCACACUGUACAGUGCAUCAAAACCCUCACCAUGUUCACCACACAGAACAAAGACCUUAAAGGAUCUUACUACAUAUUUAGGGCAGUUGAAUUUUCUCCAUCCCUGGAUUUAUCAGCUAAUACAGACAUUGACCUAAAGUUCAGUCACAAUGUACAGCUAAAGAUAUAAAACACAAAUGACAACAUCGUAACUCAUUUUUGCACAAAACACUUGUGCAAGU